AUGCUCUACGACCUCAACAUCGCCUGGUCGCCGGCAACCAGCCGCGCCGACCUCGAGCGCACGCUCAAGUUCAGCAGCACACUGGGCUACGACGUCGUGGCCCUGAACCACACCAUCACUCCCCCGAUACCACCACAAAUCACAAACCCGCUGCCCAAGUUUACCAACGCACCUGACACGAUACCUACAAGUUCCACCACGAGAACAGCAACCACAUCCAACGCCUCCCUCCCCACAGUCCUCCACCGCGCAACCCUCCUCUUCGCCGACCCCUCGCGCAACCACGGCCUGCCCCAACUAGCCUCCGCCUACGACCUCCUCGCCAUCCGCCCGACCACCUCCGACGCCUUCGAGAAAGCCUGUGUAUCCAUCACCGAAGCCAGCCUCAUAUCCCUAGACCUGACCACGAAGCAGCCCUUCCACUUCCGCCCCAAGCCCUGCAUGGCAGCCAUAUCGCGCGGCGUGCGCUUCGAGGUGUGCUACGCGCAAGUCCUGUCGCCCGGCGCCGACGCCCGCGCCCGCGCCGUCUUCAUCGGCAACGUGGCGCAGCUGGUGCGCGCGACGCGCGGCCGCGGCAUCGUGGUCAGCAGUGAGGCGAGGAAAGUGCUGGGACUACGGGCGCCCGCCGAUGUGGUCAAUUUGCUGAAUGUGUGGGGGCUUUCGACGGAUAAGGCGCGCGAGGGGCUGGGCGCGCUGGCGCGGGGCGUGGUGGUGAACGAGGGCAUACGGCGGAGCGGGUUUCGGGGCGUUGUGGAUGUCGUGGGGGUUGCGGAGCGUGGGGAGGCUGAUAUGGCUGCGGGAGACAAGUCGAAGGACGGUGGUGGUGUUGGUGGGAAUAGGAAGAGGAAGAAUGGGGACGGCGACGGCGAACCGCCGCAGAUGAGCAAGAGGCAGGCCAAGAAGAUGAAGGCUGCGCUGAGACAAAAGGAGGCCGCGGAAAAGACACAGGAUAAAGACACGGCUAUGGAGACGUGA